AUGGACAGAGUGCUGGUGAAGCUACAGCGUAGUUACGCGGACAAACGCCUUUGGGGGAUAAUCUGUCAAAAUGCCUUUAACCCACGGGUUUGCGUUGCCGAGAGCAACCUCCCACCGCUACCCCUCCUCCGAAGUCCCGGCUGGAGGCUAGGGGCGACCCCUCAGGCUCUCGCUCGGCCCUCGCCCCCCGCGCCCGCGGAGCCGUUCGCCCGCGGCCUCGGCGGGACGAUGCUGGAGUCCAUUCGGGUGACGGGUGAGUGCGAAGAGGGACUGGCCCCGGUGCUUGUGGCGGCGGCCAACGUCCCCUCGGCCGGCCGCUCUAGGCGGAUGGGGGAGAAGCUUCACUGGCCUGAGCAAGAACUUGCCAAGAAGUCUGUUCUAAAUGUUGAAGAGUCAUUGAUCACUGACAACAAAAGAAGCAUUUCACAUUUACCUCCUGGGAUACUUAAGGACAUUUUCACAACUGGAACCAGUAGUUACAAUGUCCUCCUACAGAGCAAAGAGGAAAAAAAACAUCUUUCACAAAAGCAGUCUUCCUCCACCUACUCCAAAAGAUGUAGAAACCCCAACAAAACUCCUUCCUCUUCUCAUAGUAAAGAUCCUCGCAAGAUAAAAGCCCCCAUGCCCGUGAUGAGCAGUGCUAGCUGGUACUGCCUAGAAAGGCAGUCUGCUGUUUUUGUCACGAGUUCAGUGUUGAGUCCUGCAAAGUUCACACAUGAUAUCUCUGUUACAGGGAACAGCAUAGUUAUCCCACCUAAACCCAAAAGCAAGGUCAAGCAGCGUCAUUUGUCCACUCUUCAAAAACCAAAGCCACAACCUCAGCUGUCUAGAAGUUUUGAAAAAGGAGAUGACUUUUCUGGAAAGAAAUUUUGUAUACUGACUGCUAUAAAGCCCACCAACUUAGAGAAAGAAAAACUGAGGUUUUUCAAGUCUGACUAUACCUACAAUCCUCAGUUUGAGUAUGCUAAUCCUUCUCUGCCAAGUGUGUUAGCCAAACACAGCAACGCUUCUAACCGAUUUCUUAAGCAGGUAAAAUGA